UUAUAAUUUUACUUCAUCGCCUAAUAGUAAUAAAUAAAAGUACAUUUAUAGUUACGAUGGCUAAAGUUUUCGUCGGACAAAUUAUACACACUAAAUCAUUGAAAGAAUUCGUCUUGUACACUAACGGUUUUGUGGCAGUUGAUAAAAAUGGCAAGAUUGCUGGAGUUGGUGAAAAUUACAACUUAUGGUUUUCUAAUAAACCCGAUUAUCCACCAAACGCUGAAGUAAUAACCCUGAAUAAGGAACAAUUUCUUAUGCCAGGUUUAAUCGAUUGUCAUAUACAUGCGCCACAAGUGGCUCAAAUUGGUCUAGGCCUAGACAUGCCCCUAAUGGAGUGGCUAAAUACUUAUACAUUCCCUUUGGAGGCAAAAUUUACGGAUCAAGACUUUGCUGCUAAAGUUUAUAAAAAAGUUGUAGAAACCACUAUCAAAAGUGGUACAACUUUAGCCUCCUACUUUGGCACCAACAACAAGGAUAGUACAUUAAUUUUAGCCAAAGAGGCAGUGGAACAGGGACAACGUGCCUUAGUGGGAAAAGUAUGUUCCAACUGCAAUAGCCCGGAUUUCUAUGUUGAAGAAACGAUAGAUUCUUUAGAUGCCACCAAGGAAUUUGUUAAUGAUAUGGAUAAAUUGAAUUCGAAUUUGGUGAAACCUACAAUUACACCACGAUUUGCUAUAAGUUGUACAAUGGAGUUAAUGAAAAGUUUGGGUGAUUUAGCAAAAACCCAUAAUUUACAUAUACAAAGUCAUAUUAGUGAAAGUGUGGCGGAAAUUGAUUUUGUAAAAGAACUUUUCACUUGUUCUUAUGCUCAGGUUUAUGAUAAUGCUGGACUUUUAACAAAUAAGACCGUAAUGGCACAUGCUGUCCAUCUGGAAGAGGAGGAAAUGUUGUUAUUUAAAAAAACUGGAACAUCUGUAGCCCAUUGUCCUGCCUCUAAUACAAUGUUAAGUUCGGGAUUUUGUGAUGUUUUACGUUUGAUUAAAAAUGGCAUUAAAGUUGGUCUAGGAACAGAUGUUUCUGGUGGCAAUUCAAUUUCUAUACAAGACGCCAUUUUACGAGCUUUAGAUGUUUCACAUCAUUUGGAAUUUAUUAAAAAACAAGAUAUUAAGGGAUGUGGCAAGUUACCAGCUAAUACGGAUAAUGCUCAAUAUACACCUCUAGAUUAUAAGCAAGCUAUUUAUUUGGCCACACUGGGUGGUGCCGAAGCCUUGGCUCUCGAUGCCGUAUGUGGUAAUUUUGUGAAGGGCAAAGAAUUUGAUGCUUUGAUUGUUGAUACCAGUGUAUAUCCUUUGCAUAACUUUGGUCUUUAUAAUGCUGAAGAUUAUGCUAAAAAAUCCGAUGAAGUUAAACUGUUAGAAAUGGUUCAAAAGUUUAUUUAUGUGGGUGAUGAUCGUAAUAUAGUUAAGGUGUAUGUGGCUGGCAAACAAAUAAAAGCAACUACAUACUAAAUAAUGUAUAAUUUUAUGAUUUUUCUUUACUACUUAAUAAAUAUAUACAUUGACACGAAAA